AUGACAUUACAGCUCACCUGUGCCAAUCACCGCCAUCUCCACCAACAAACGCCGUCAUCUCCACCAACAAACACCGUCAUCUCCCCCAACAGACACCGUCAUCUCCACCAACAAACACCGUCAUCUCCACCAACCAACACCGUCAUCUCCACCAACAAACACCAUCAUCUCCACCAACAAACACCGUCAUCUCCACCAACAAACACCAUCAUCUCCACCAACAAACACCGUCAUCUCCACCAACAAUCACCGUCAUCUCCACCAACAAUCACCGUCAUCUCCACCAACAAACACCGUCAUCUCCACCAACAAACGCCGUCAUCUCCACCAACAAACACCAUCAUCUCCACCAACAAUCACCGUCAUCUCCACCAACAAACACCGUCAUCUCCACCAACAAACACCGUCAUCUCCACCAACAAACACCGUCAUCUCCACCAACAAACACCGUCAUCUCCACCAACAAACACCGUCAUCUCCACCAACAAACACCGUCAUCUCCACCAACAGACACCGUCAUCUCCACCAACAGACACCGUCAUCUCCACCAACAAACACCGUCAUCUCCACCAACAAACACCGUCAUCUCCACCAACAAACACCGUCAUCUCCACCAACAAACACCGUCAUCUCCACCAACAAACACUGUCAUCUCCACCAACAAACACCGUCAUCUCCACCAACAAACACUGUCAUCUCCGCCAACAAACACCGUCAUCUCCACCAACAAACACCGUCAUCUCCACCAACAAACACCGUCAUCUCCGCCAACAAACACCGUCAUCUCCGCCAACAAACACCGUCAUCUCCGCCAACAAACGCCGUCAUCUCCGCCAACAAACGCCGUCAUCUCCGCCAACAAACGCCGUCAUCUCCGCCAACAAACGCCGUCAUCUCCACCAACAAACGCCGUCAUCUCCACCAACAAACACCGUCAUCUCCACCAACAAACACCGUCAUCUCCACCAACAAACGGCGUCAUCUCCACCAACAAACGCCGUCAUCUCCACCAACAAACACCGUCAUCUCCACCAACAGACACCGUCAUCUCCACCAACAGACACCGUCAUCUCCACCAACAAACACCGUCAUCUCCACCAACAAACACCGUCAUCUCCACCAACAAACACCGUCAUCUCCACCAACAAACACUGUCAUCUCCACCAACAAACACCGUCAUCUCCACCAACAAACACUGUCAUCUCCGCCAACAAACACCGUCAUCUCCACCAACAAACACCGUCAUCUCCACCAACAAACACCGUCAUCUCCGCCAACAAACACCGUCAUCUCCACCAACAAACACCGUCAUCUCCACCAACAAACACUGUCAUCUCCGCCAACAAACACCGUCACCUCCACCAAAAGACGCCGUCAUCUCCACCAACAAACGCCGUCAUCUCCAGCAACAAACACCGUCAUCUCCACCAACAAACGGCGUCAUCUCCACCAACAAACGCCGUCAUCUCCACCAACAAACACCAUCAUCUCCACCAACAAACACCAUCAUCUCCACCAACAAACACCUUCAUCUCCACCAACAAACACCGUCAUCUCCACCAACAAACACCGUCAUCACCACCAACAAACACCGUCAUCUCCACCAACAAACACCGUCAUCUCAACCAACAAACACAGUCAUCUCCACCAACAAACACCGUCAUCUCCACCAACAAACACCAUCAUCUCCACCAACAAACACCGUCAUCUCCACCAACAAACACCGUCAUCACCACCAACAAACACCGUCAUCUCCACCAACAAACACCGUCAUCUCCACCAACAAACACCGUCAUCUCCGCCAACAAACGCCGUCAUCUCCGCCAACAAACACUGUCAUCUCCACCAACAAACACCGUCAUCUCCACCAACAAUCACCGUCAUCUCCACCAACAAACACCGUCAUCACCACCAACAAACACCGUCAUCUCCACCAACAAACACCGUCAUCUCCACCAACAAACACCGUCAUCUCCGCCAACAAACGCCGUCAUCUCCGCCAACAAACACCGUCAUCUCCGCCAACAAACACCGUCAUCUCCACCAACAAACACCGUCAUCUCCACCAACCAACACCGUCAUCUCCACCAACAAACACCGUCAUCUCCACCAACAAACGCCGUCAUCUCCACCAACAAACGCCGUCAUCUCCACCAACAAACACCAUCAUCUCCACCAAAAGACGCCGUCAUCUCCACCAACAAACACCGUCAUCUCCAGCAACAAACACCGUCAUCUCCACCAACAAACGCCGUCAUCUCCACCAACAAACACCGUCAUCUCCACCAACAAACACUGUCAUCUCCACCAACAAACACCGUCAUCUCCAGCAACAAACACCGUCAUCUCCACCAACAAACGCCGUCAUCUCCACCAACAAACACUAUCAUCUCCACCAUCAUCUCCACCAACAAACACCGACAUCUCCACCAACAAACACCGUCAUCUCCACCAACAAACACCGUCAUCUCCACCAACAAACACCGUCAUCUCCACCAACAAACACCGUCAUCUCCACCAACCAACACCGUCAUCUCCACCAACAAACGCCGUCAUCUCCACCAACAAACACCAUCAUCUCCACCAACAAACGCCGUCAUCUCCACCAACAAACACCGUCAUCUCCACCGUCAUCUCCACCAUCAUCUCCACCAACAAACACCGUCAUCUCCACCAACAAACACCAUCAUCUCCGCCAACAAACACCAUCAUCUCCACCAACAAUCGCCGUCAUCUCCACCAACAAACACCGUCAUCUCCACCAACAAACACCGUCAUCUCCACCAACAAUCGCCGUCAUCUCCACCAACAAACGCCGUCAAAUCAUCUGAAAAUUGUUUGUAG